AUGAGAGAAUCGAACUUUUCCUUUCCUUCACAAAAUCGUGCUUCGGUUUGCAUCACUUCCGCUCUUUAUGACCGUAGAGCUCUUGACUGUUCUGCCAUCUUACCUUUAAUCAAUUCUCUCACACAUCUUACUUAUUUGACAAGUACUUCCCCUCGCAUCCGAGAGAUUCUCACGAUGGACGGUGGGUUAGAACGUCUUGUUCGUAUACUGAAAACUACUAAAGUGAACGAUAAAAGAAGUGGGUGGAAAUGGUCCAUGGCAUUUCAGUGUGUUGCUAACGUUGGUGUUCGUGGUUCUGAAACUAUAAGAACAAGGGUAGUGGACGCUGGCAUGGUACCAGUAAUUAUAACUGUAUUGGACAAUUUUUUAAGAGCUCUUGAUCAUGUUAGGUUGGAAAAGGAACAACAACUUGCCGCACAAUUGCUUACACCUCAACAUCCAUCAUUAAUUACAACACCUUCUACCGCUAUUCCUAUUGCAUCCACAUUUGUUGGUCCUAUAGAAAAUGUUAAUUCAUCGAAUGUUAUUCAAAUGUCUGACGAAUCCGAACAACCUUUAACUUCUUAUCCUCAUUCCCCUAAUUCAUCAACAUCCAUUUUUACCACUUCUUCUUCUGAAUAUCAAAAUGAUAAUUCUGAUAUUUCACAUGCUGGUUCAUCAAAUAUGCAAACGGUUAUUUCAAAUUCGAAUCCAGCUACUACCUCUACUAAUAGGUUUUUAGCAAAUGUCGCAACGACGUUUGAUAUAAGGUCUUCCGAUGACGCAAGAUCAGAUGUAGCCUCUUGGGGUUCAGUUGCUGAUAAUGAAGAUACAGGGUUAACUACAACAGUACAACAAUUACCAUCAACGAUUUCCAGUACUACAGGUACGAAUAUAGCUCAAAACCUAAGAACAACAUCACAAACACCUAAUAAUGCAGUCCCUACCACAACAAAUACGACUUCGCAAACAUCAUCAAUGUUAGAAAUUGACGUACUUUAUCGUGAAGAAGACAUUCUUUUAUCUCUUCAACUUCUCGCUUAUCUCUCGAAAUAUCCACAUUUACGUGCCACAUUUCAUAAUGCUUACCCACCUCAUAACGUAUUUUCUCUUGUGGAAAAAUUUACUCAUCGUCUUCAUCCUACCGAAAUUCAGUAUUGGGCCGGCGUUAUUAUGCGUAAUGCUUGUCGUAAAGAUGAAGAAAAAGGUGGAAUUCGUCAAUGUGCUUAUAUGGCUUGCGGUAAAUGGGAAAGUUAUCCUAGAGAAUUUGCAAAAUGUCGGAGAUGUCGUAAAGCCAAAUAUUGUUCCAAAGCCUGCCAAUCGAAAGCCUGGAGUGAAGGUCAUCGAUGGUGGUGUACGGAACGACAUGUUCAUGGAGAAUCAGAAACCGUGACACAAAAUGGGCAAUCAACAUCUUCGAACACUUCAUCAGGAUUAAAUGUUAGUUCAACGAAUAAUCGGGAAACGACGUCAUCAACAACGACCGAUUCAACGUCUCACGGUAGUGGAUCAGGAUCAGGAUCAGUUUUAGUAUCGUGA